AUGACACAUCUCGAUAGGGUAAACCCACUUCGUAUAUGCCUAUUUGGCUUGUUUUUCAGUUUGGUCCUGAUGCUUGUAGCUGGUCCUUUGAGCACGGACCCUCAUAAGAGAGAGUGGCUUGCACUUGGUCAGUUGCAUGGGGUACGUUCUGCUCAGACUGUUCACGAAGAAUACUGCCAAACUGAUCAAGAUGAACAAAUGGAGGACAAAAAUGACCAUAACAUUCCGGAUCGACCGCCCUUUGUGCAGUCCGACUAUCUGCCAACGCCAAUGAAUAUCAAUAUUUUCGAACAAAUGUGUCGCAUCAGUGAAGGUCGAAAGCCUUCCGUUAAUCCAUGUACGAACCAUGACUUUCCGUUGCUGAUCAACGCACCUGGACUCUGUCUGCCUAAUCAGCCUGUUGACUUGCUGCUUUUGAUCAGUUCAAAUGUGACCAACUAUGAACGGCGUGAUACCAUACGCCGGUUUUGGGCCAACGCAGCUUGCUGGUUGGGUGCAAAAGUUAAACACCUGUUUCUGUUGGACACAUUACCCCCAACAGCUUCUACAGACCAAAGCGCAGUGGAAGAAGGGGAUAUUUACAGUGACAUAGUACAACAAAAAUUUGUAGUUACUCAUGAAAAUUCCACCUCCUACAAAUUGUUGCUUGGUUUUCGCUGGACUUUAGCCUACUGUCCCCAAGCAAAAUGGCUCAUGUUUGUGAAUGACGACCAGUUCGUGAAUCCCUUCAACACGGUUAGCUUCCUUUUGUCAGUCAGUGAAGCCAUGCGACAGCGAGUUGUGGUGGGUUCGGUCUGGUAUGAGCCUUUUGCCCGCAACGUGGACUCUUUCCUAUACUUUAACGGGAAUCGAUCUGCACCGGAUAAGCGUUAUCCAACAUUUGUGGCGACCUCUGGUAUGCUUGUUAGUUCCGUGCUAGCCGCUCGCAUAUACUUGACCAUGCGCUUCACUCAGCUCGAUACACACCCAGAUCUGUUCUUUGCCCACGUUCUGCGCAAACUCUUUAUCCUACCCGCACACUUCUCGGACAUUUACGCACAUAAUCGAAUACCUCAAGAUGCGCAAACAUACGAGCGUGCCAUACUAUUCCCUAGUGGCGGGAAGGCCAAUCAGUCGGAGGCCUGGGAACUGCUCAAAUGUGGCAAAUACUGCCAGUAA